AUGGGAAAGAAGAAACAUGGACCGACUUUGGAAGAGCUCUUGUCGCGGCCUUGGUGCUAUUACUGUGAACGUGACUUCGACGAUCUGAAGAUCCUGACUUCGCAUCAAAAAGCCAAGCACUUUAGAUGCGAGCCAUGUGGUCGACGUCUGAAUACUGCUGGAGGUUUGUCUGUGCACAUGAGCCAAGUCCACAAGGAACAGCUUACAGAAAUCGACAACGCGCUUCCUAACCGAUCAAGCGUUGACGUGGAGAUUUUCGGCAUGGAGGGUAUUCCGGAGGACGUUCUCCAGGCUCACAACCAGCGCGUCGCAACCAAUUUCUACGCAGCUGAGGCUGAGCGCCAAGCUGCCACAGGUAAUCCUCCUGCUGGAAGUACGGGAAGCGGUCGUCCUUCUAAGCGCCCCAAGAUGGAAUCCAAAGAGGAAAUCAAGAAGCGCCUGGCCGAACACCGCGCAAAGCGUCAAGCUGCGGCCUCUGGUGCAACACCUGAAGCCAACAGUCCCGCCGCAAAUUCUGUAGGUGCUGAUCAGUCUUCUGCUACUACCCCGGCCACGGUGAGUACUUUCCCCCUCCCCUCCCGCUCCACACCUUCGUCUCUCGUCGCUUCGCCCGUGCACGCGUUCUCGUACCCCCAGCCCUACGGAGGCUUCGCUGCUUCUGCCCCUCCUUACCCGCAGUCAGCCAGCCCAGUCUACCAGGGCUAUUCUCCAGCUUCCAUGCAAGCUACCCCAGGUACCCCGGUCUUCCCCCCCUCUGGAUACGCUGGAUAUUCUGGAUACCCACCUCAAUACCCAGGCCAACCCACUUACGGAGCCGCCCCUCCGCAAUUCACCCAUCCCGGCAAUGGAACAACUCCUCCUAACCUCGCCUAUCCACCUUCCUUCAUCCCUUCGCAGUCCACCACUCCGCAGCCUAACGGAUACUCCACCCCACCUGGUCUCCCUCAGCGCCCCUCUUUCGCUGCUCCCGCUGCUCCCGCUGCCCCCGAGCUGAAUACCCAGCCUGCCCAGCAGACCCAGGCUGUUCAGCAGAAUCAGCCUGUUCAGCAGAACCAGCAGGCCCAGCAACUGCAUGAGGGGCAGCCUGGAAAGGCCACAGCAACUGAGGCUGAUGGCAAAGCUCCUGUCCCAGAGAAAGCCAAGAAGCGGAAGAUCCGCUUAGUCUACCCUGAGCAGGAACUUAGCCCCGAGGAAAAGAGGGCGAUGUUGCCGAAGUACGCCUACGUGCGUCCUGCUGACCACUAA